UUACAUGACCCUUUAAAAAAAUAAAAAAUAAAAUAAUUAAAAUAAAAGAAACUGAGAGAAACUGCGAGAAAGUGUGGGAAACUGAAUGAAAGUGAAAAAUAACAAAAGGAAAAAAAGGGGGAAAAAUGAAGCACAUUUUUAAGAAGUUACACAUAGGAAGCAAUCACGAACAUAAUCGAGCUUCGACAGCCGACACGUCUCCGUCGCCAUCGCCGUCAUGCGCCACCGAUCAUCAACGCUCGAUGUCCGAAAAUGCUCUGAUGAGUACUUCUACAACCACUACGUCAUCAUCGCCGGUGAACACGACGCCGAUGCCGUUACUGUCGAGCAUUGGUUUGAGUACGCCAUCAGCUGCGAACAAUCGAGCGUUGGACUAUAUGUUGUCAGAGGAAGAGUUUCAGGUACAGUUAGCAUUGGCGAUCAGUGCUUCUAAUUCCGAGGAUCCGGAGAAAGAUCAGAUCCGAGCGGCGACGCUUUUGAGCUUAGGGAAUCAUCAUGGAAUGGAUUUAGGGUUCGGGAGGGAUAAGGAUGACGUGGCAGCUGAGGUUUUGGCCAGGAAGUAUUGGGAAUACAAUGUGCUUGAUUACGAGGAAAGAGUGGGGGAUGGUUUUUAUGAUGUAUAUGGGCUCUCCACAGAUUCAAAACUUCAAGAAAAAAUGCCAUCUCUUGUUGAUCUUGAAAAAAGUCUCGGGAAUUCUGGCUUUGAAGUUGUAAUUGUCAAUCGAACAAUUGACCCAGCCCUAGAAGAGUUGUUGCAAAUUGCACAUUGUAUUACUUUAGAUUGCCCUGCUACCAAUAUUGAUGUGUUAGUUCAACGGCUUGCUGAACUUGUAACGGGAAAUAUGGGUGGACCUGUUAAAGAUGCUAAUAUAAUCUUGGCUAGAUGGAUGGAAAGAAGCACAGAGUUCAGGACAUCUCUUCAUACAAGUGUGUUCCCCAUUGGCUCCAUAAAUAUAGGCCUGUCUCGGCACCGUGCUUUACUCUUCAAGGUGCUGGCAGAUAGCAUAAGGUUACCUUGUAUACUGGUAAAAGGCAGCCACUAUACUGGUGUUGAGGAUGAUGCUGUAAAUAUAAUAAAGCUUGAGGAUCAAAGGGAAUUUUUGGUUGAUCUAAUGGCAGCUCCUGGUACACUUAUACCUGCUGAUAUUUUAAGUGCGAAAGAUGCUACUUUUAAGCCAUACAAUCCAAUUAUUAGCAAUAUCCCAACUCUUCAGUCGUCUGAUAAUGGUUAUUCAAGAGCAAAGCCAUCUAGCAUUGAGGGUAGUAGUCAGCACCCUGUGAUCAACGGUAGUCUGCCCAUCAAUUGGGGGUCAAGUACUGGAACUGCAGAAGUGUUGCCUUCAUUAUCAGGUCCAACUGGUGAUUCUACUGUUAGUUCUUCCGGAUCAUCUAAUAGAGUGAUCCCUGGAACUGCAGAAGUGUUACCUUCAUUAUCAGGUCCAAGUGCUGAUUCUGGUGUUAGUUCCUCUGGAUUAUCUAAUAGAGUGACCCCUAAUCAGUUGGACCAUCUUCCUUCGACUGCCAUUAGAACUUCUGUCAAUAAAGGGAGUCGUGGUGCCAAUGUAGUUGAUAGCCUGAGAAUGAACAUUAAUGUAGUGCCAUAUGGGCAGAGUAGUCAAGAGGACCCAAAAGAUCCUUUUGCAGAUCUUAAUCCAUUCCAGAGAAAAGGGACUAGCAAAACUUCCCAGCAAAACAAACCUACAGAGACCAAAGUUGACGAGUUUCAGAGGCUGAGAAAUAAUGUAGCUGUGGCGCGACCCACAGUACCAUUGAUGUGGAAGAACCGAACCGUAUAUAAUGAGGUUCCUCAGAAAAAGGAGUACAAUUAUAUGGAGGGCCUCUUUCCAAAAAUCAGUCGCAAACCUAAUGAUUUUAAUCAGUCAUCAUCAGCUUCCACUAGCUCUACCAAACCGGAAAAGGUCUACUCUCACGGUUUUAACUCCCCUGGGCGCUUUGAUAUGUUGAAUAGAGAGAAUAAAAUCCAGAAUUCUUUGUCUGGUACUAGCUCAUCUGUGGCAUCCACUACCAGUCAGUUUAAUAGUUCACAACUGGUUGAGGACGCAAACAAUAAUUUUAGGGAAGAGAAUUUCAGGAAUGGACAUGAUUUACAGAAUAAAACAGGGGAUUUAGCUAAAGAGCAAGAUAAUGAGAUUGGUUUCUAUAAUCAUAGAAAGUACACCCAGGAGAGAUAUGUGGAGAAUAACCUUAAAUUGAAGGAUCCUGAAAGUCCUAGCUCAUCACUUGAUUCUGGCAAAGGCAAGGUUGAACAACUAUUUGAUGAUGUGGAUGUAGGUGAAUGCGAAAUUCCUUGGGAAGACUUGGAUAUUGGUGAAAGAAUUGGAUUAGGUUCUUAUGGAGAGGUCUACCAUGCGGAUUGGAAUGGCACGGAGGUUGCUGUGAAGAAGUUCCUAGACCAGGAUUUUUCAGGUGAUGCUUUGGCUGAGUUCAAAAGAGAAGUGCGAAUAAUGCGUAGACUGCGCCAUCCAAACGUCGUUCUUUUUAUGGGUGCUGUUACUCGCCCUCCAAACCUGUCUAUCAUUACUGAGUUUCUUCCAAGAGGAAGCUUAUAUAAGAUUCUUCAUCGUCCUCAUUCUCGAAUUGAUGAGAAGCAAAGAAUUAAGAUGGCUCUUGAUGUGGCUAGGGGCAUGAAUUGCCUACACGCCAGCAUACCUACCAUUGUUCACCGCGAUUUGAAGUCUCCUAAUCUUUUAGUUGAUAAAAACUGGACUGUUAAGGUCUGUGAUUUUGGAUUGUCACGCUUGAAGCAUAAUACCUUCCUAUCAUCCAAAUCAACUGCAGGAACGCCCGAAUGGAUGGCACCAGAAGUACUUCGCAAUGAGCCCUCCAAUGAGAAAUGUGAUGUUUAUAGCUUUGGAGUCAUUCUUUGGGAGAUUGCGACUCUGAGACUACCUUGGAGCGGAAUGAAUCCAAUGCAAGUUGUGGGUGCUGUUGGUUUCCAGAAUCGUCGCCUCGACAUUCCCAAGGAACUUGAUCCUUUAGUUGCAAGGAUAAUCUGGCAAUGCUGGCAAACUGAUCCAAGUUUGCGACCUUCGUUCGCAGAGCUAACUGUAGCUUUAAGAUCGUUGCAGCGGCUUGUUAUCCCUUCCCAUCAAGGCCAAUCAAACUUGCCUAUGUCACAACAGAUUCCGGUAAAUUCUACACCCUGAAAUCAAAUGUCUCGGUUCUUCAAUUGUGAAUAAGAAGUAUUCCCAACGAGGGUAUUCUAUUUAUAUUUCGUGAAUAUACAUAUAUAUAUACAUGUUACUUGAACUCGAGUGUAAAUGUUAGAUACAGAAUAUGUUGGACAUUUCUGCGAUAAUUGUAUCUAAAUCAAAUUACAUUUAAUUAUUUCUUAAAA